AGUUCACAUCACCUCCUUCAAACAAGAACAAUGGAAAACCGUUAUGAAGAGCCCUCAACCAUUUACCCUACGCCUAAACCAGGUCAAACUAAAGAAGAAGAAAAACAAGUUGAGGAAGACGCCAGAUUGCUAGCGAGGAGCCUCUCGAACGCAGCGGCCUUCCCCAUGGUUCUAAAGGCCGCCUUGGAGCUCGGUGUCAUCGACACCAUCGCCACUGCUGGCGUUGGUUUAUGGCUCUCACCUUCUGAGAUAGCACUAAGACUCUCAACGAAACCGAGAAAUCCCCAGGCUCCGGUUUUGCUUGACCGGAUGCUGCGUUUACUCGCUAGCUAUUCCGUCUUAAAAUUUCGUACUGUUAUAAUAGACGAUAACGGGCAAACCAAACAAAUGGGGAGCGUAUAUGCAGCCGAACCGGUCUGUAAGUUUCUCCUGAGCAACGUAGGCGGCUCAGGUUCAUUCGCAUCUAUGAUCAGGUUGGACCUUAGCGACGUCAACAUCAAGACCUGGAGACAGCUAAAGGAUGUAAUACUAGACGGAAGUGAUGCAUUCAGAUCUGCUCAUGGCAUGAAACUAUUCGAAUACUUGCAGGCCGAUGAACCAUAUCGUCAAAUGUUUAGCCAGGCUAUGUCGGAAUCUUCCACCAUGGUUAUGGAGAAGUUUCUCGAACUUUAUGAAGGAUUCAAAGAUGUGAAGACUUUGGUGGAUGUAGGAGGAGGACUUGGUAACACAAUAGGUCUCAUCACUUCCAAGUACCCUCAUAUUAUGGGUAUUAAUUUUGACCUAGCUCCGGUAUUAGCCCGUGCUCCUCUUUAUCCCGGUGUAAAACAUGAAGCGGGAGAUAUGUUUACAAAGAUUCCAAAAGGAGAUGCAAUUUUCAUGAAAUGGAUUUUGCAUGAUUGGACGGACGAACAAUGCAUACAGAUUCUUAAAAACAGCUGGAAGAGUCUCCCGGAAACUGGAAAACUCAUAAUAGUGGAAAUGGUUACACCAGGUGAAGCUAAAAUCAGAGAUAUAUGUUCUAAUAUUGUGUUCAGCAUGGACAUGACAAUGUUAACACUAUUGGAUGGUAAAGAAAGAUCUCUCGCAGAGUUUGAAAAUUUAGCAUAUGCAUCAGGUUUUUCACGUUGUGAAAUCGUAUGUCCAGUUUAUCCCUUCUCCGUCAUCGAAAUCUACAAGUGAAUUCGACAUAUGCCACUAUGGCACUUUGCUGCUAUUGUCUACACGUAACCUUCUUCUAUUUGGCUUGUAAUAAAAUGUUUAUGAUUACUAUCUGUGUGGUCUUUGUAAUUUUGAUGUACGAGUUCAAUAAUUUGUCUGGCUGUGUCUGUUGUCUACAUGGUGUAAUGCAGUAUCGUCUGUGAUAAGGGAUAUAUACACUUUUCUUAUAAAAUGUAUUUUAUUUACCAAAAAAAUGUAUUCAAAAUAUUUUAUAUUAUUUA